CUUAUGGUUCAGGAAAUACAUUUUUGUUUCACAAUCUCAUUAGUCAGACUUGAAUAUGGCGUACAAUCCUUACCAACAACAGCAGCAGCAACAGUACCGGGGACCCGCUCCUCCUCCCCAGCAGCCGGAUCAGAAUUGGUUAAUGUCAGUUUUUCAAAGAGUUGACCGAGACAGGAGUGGACAGAUAUCAGUCAAGGAGUUAGGAGACGCUUUGUCAAAUGGAACAUGGACUCCAUUCAAUCCAGAAACAGUUCGACUGAUGAUUGGAAUGUUUGACCGGGACCAGUCAGGAACGAUCAACUUCCAGGAGUUCUCGGCGCUCUGGAAGUACGUCACUGACUGGCAGCAGUGUUUCCGUAGUUACGACAGAGAUAACUCCGGGUCCAUUGACAAGAAUGAAUUAAAAAAUGCACUCACAUCUUUCGGUUACCGGCUGUCUGACCGAUUCUACGAUAUCCUCGUUAAGAAGUUUGACAGACAGGGUCGAGGAACAAUAGCCUUUGAUGAUUUUAUCCAGUGCUGUGUGGUUCUACAGACUCUAACAGGCUCGUUCCGGCUGUACGACACGGAUCAGGACGGGUGGAUACAGAUCACAUACGAACAGUUUCUAACCAUGGUGUUCAGUCUCAAGAGCUAGUUCGGUUUCCCUCGUACAACUGCUGCCUGUGUACAAUCGAACCAUAUGCUCAAAACAGUGCUCUGCUAUUGUAAAUGAGUCUUCUAACCCUUGUGACCGUUUUUUAUUGCAGUAUGGCAACAAAUUCAGUGAACAAUAAGAGCUACAUGUAUGUGAAUAUUACAGAAAUCCAUAGAUCAAUUCAUAUUUUUUUCUAAAGCCUAAAAAUAUAAAAGAAUGUUCAGUUAACAGCUUCGUUUUAAAUCAAACAACACUUAAUUUUUUGUUAUCUUUGACACUGAACAUUUUACUGCUGUUCAGUGUACAGCUUCAUAAAUAUUUGUUUCGCCCUAAAUUAACAUUCAGUUUCUGUGUUUAAAUUUAAAAUACAAUCAUGCAUUAUGUCCAAUACCAGUAAGUAAUUAAAAUACAUUAAUCUCCCUCACGGCUGUUGGGAAGAUGAAAGCUAAAUACCAGGCCCCAUGCUUAUAAAACCUUUUUUGAGUCUUAGCCUCGAGACUUAUAAUUGAGUCUGAGAUUCAAAACGUUUUAUAAGACACGGGGGUACAGAGUGUGUCAUAUGUUUCUAUAUUGGUCCAUCAUGUCAGUAAUUCGGUAUCUUAUCCAUCAUUUGAUAUUCUUUUUAUUUUUUAAAUUUUGGUUCUUUGUUCUGAAGACAACAAAAAAAAGAAGAUUUAAAAGUGUAAAGUUAAGAAACGUUUUUUUAAUGUAACUCUACAGUAACUAAUAUUUGAUGUACAUGUAUAUAUUUUGUGGAACAGUAGUAGCAGAUUGCCAAGGAAAAAAAAUGUCAGUUUAAUGACACCGCAUUCAUAGUUUAAUCUAUGGCUAUAAUAUUUAAGAGAAGUCAUAAUUUUCACACAGUGUCAUGUUUGAGAGACAAAUCCUCACUUAUAUAUAAAAUAUCUUCAUGUAUAUCUAAUAGUCACUGAUGAAACAAUGUGCUAAGGUGUCAUUCAACAUUCCUUUCAUCUGUUUUAUAUUUAAUUAGAGCAGUGUGUACACGUAUUGGAAUUAAUAGUUGUUGAGUUGAAAUUGUGUGUAAACUUACAAAGAGGUUGUUUUAUUUGUAUAAGUAAUAUAUAUGGCUCUGUUAAAUCAUGAUCAUAAUAUUAAUUUGUAGAUCUAUACAGACAAUAUAGAUUUUUAUUACCCAGCGGUCACUCAUAACAGGGAAAAUAUUUUCCAUAUUUUCUCAGUGGGAAAUAUUCCGCAUUGGUCAAACAAACAAUACUAAUAUUACUAUUGGAUGAUUUGAUGCUUACAAACCAAUGACCUUGUCGGUACUAAAUAUGAUGUCAUCACAAUUUGGCAAACACAAAAUGACGUCAUGUAGUUUAAAGAGUUUGCAUUUAUGGCUCUCUG